AUAAAAUAAAAUCUAAUGGAUAAAUGGUUGGUUUUCCAUUGGGAUUGCAGAUAUGUGUUGAAGAAAAUCAGGCUUGCUAGGCAGACUGAAAGAUGCAGAAGAUCUGCACAUCAAGAGAUGGCUCUUAUUGCUAGAAUCCAGCAUCCUUACAUUGUAGAAUUCAAGGAGGCAUGGGUUGAGAAGGGUUGCUAUGUCUGUAUUGUUACUGGAUACUGUGAAGGAGGAGACAUGGCCGAAUUGAUGAAGAAAACAAAUGGUGCUUACUUUCCUGAGGAGAAACUCUGCAAAUGGUUCACUCAGUUACUCCUGGCAGUGGAAUAUCUUCAUUCAAAUUUCGUUUUACAUCGUGACCUAAAGUGUUCCAACAUUUUUCUUACCAAGGACCAAGAUGUUCGCCUCGGGGAUUUUGGGCUCGCUAAGACGCUAAAAGCAGAUGAUUUGGCUUCAUCGGUGGUCGGGACUCCCAAUUACAUGUGUCCUGAACUGCUUGCGGAUAUUCCUUAUGGAUUCAAAUCUGAUAUCUGGUCACUAGGGUGCUGUAUAUAUGAGAUGGCUGCUCAUCGCCCGGCUUUUAAAGCUUUUGAUAUGGCAGGACUAAUAAGCAAGAUAAACCGUUCCUCUAUUGGCCCGUUGCCUCCUUGUUAUUCCCCUUCCUUGAAAACACUGAUAAAGGGCAUGCUAAGAAAAAGUCCGGAACAUCGGCCAACAGCAUCAGAAGUGUUAAAGCACCCUUACUUGCAACCUUAUGUUGAUCAAUAUCGUCUGUCUUUUAGUUCUCCAACAUCAUGUUCUCCAGGAAAACCGAUUUCAGCUGUCAAUUAUUCUAGAAAAAAUAUGGCUGAAAGUCAAAGCAGUACUAGUUCAAGCAGUGACAAAGACAGUUUGAUGUCACAUGAGAGACACAUUGCAACAUCAGUGCCCGAGCAUAACAAAGCCACUGAAACAGAUAUGGCAUCAAUUGAUGACGAUAGCUCAGAGAAUCUCCUGGCUAGUGAAGAAGAAAACGGCUCUAGUAAUGUCAAUGCUAAAGCAACUGAGCAAGAAGUGACAAAACCAUCUUAUAAUGAGCCAUGUUCUAAUAUUGAAUCUAAGCAGCCGAAAACAAUUAGAAGUAUAAUGAUGGCGUUAAAAGAAGGAAAACUUAGAGAAGCAACUUCUCCGAUGAGAGGCAAUCGCAUAAAGGUUGGUGGUGUAUCAACACCGAAGACUAAUAUAGACACGUUGUCCAAAUUGCCAAAACCCAAUUUCACAGCUCCUGGAUUGAAGCCAAAUGUAGAGUCCCCAGCUGGUGCGCAUCCAAAGGGAUCCCCGGACUCUGUAAAACGAAUACAAGGAUUGCAUCCUUCAAAGCAUCAGUUGCCAGUGACAGAAUCCUCACCAAAAGCGAAACCUAGGCACGACUUGACUUCGCCAUCUGGCAAUGUCAAACCAGUAGAGGAAGAAGGACUUCCUGAUAGAACAUUGCAAAGGACUCCCCCUACCUUAACUAGACGACCUUCAUUUCCGGCUCGAAUGAGGCCAGUUGGGCUUGAUGUUCCGAAUGCAACAAAUGAUAAUGGGAAGUCAGGUUCAAAUAAAACAGCUCAGGAUCCUGACAUUAGCCGUCAGUUGACCAAUGGCAAUGUACCACAUCUUUCUAGACCGGCUGCUAGAGAGCCUCAGAAGGCUUUUGGCCGAAGCUCCAAAGGAAUGCAAACAGACAGCAGUAAUUCCGCAUCAUCUUCGGUCUCUAUUCAAGGAUGUGAAAUUUAUGAUGAUGCAACAAUUUUUAUUGACAUGAGAGAAGAAACACUUCCUGAUAGCGAGAAUGUACUCCACGAUGUAGGUGCAGAAUCAUGCCCACCUACAACCUGUGCACAUUGUAAGAAGGUUGAAAACGUUUGCAACAAGACUGGCGAGGUUACCUGGAGUUUUCGGAACACUAAUAGUAAUGAGAAAAUGGAUUCAAGGAUAAGUCUUGAUCUCCCUAUUGAAGAUUCUGAGGUUACUUCUGCAUCAGAAGAUAGCCUUCCUGUUAAACAUACAAGUAUCAAUGUUUCCUUUGGAUCUGAUAAUAAAUCUGUAGGCCCUCGUGUUGAAGCCGCAGAGGAAAUCAUAGAUCAUCAUGAUAUUUCUAAGGAAAUAACAUUAGCCACAACUAUCCAACAUCCACUUGAAAGUUCUGCAGAAAAGCCGGUUUAUGGCGGUGUUCUUCCACUAAGGAAGUCUGAAGGUAAGUCCGAAAUCGUUUGUCAGCCGGAACCCAUGUGUAAGUCCUCUGGGGACGACAAAUCCACAAUGAGGGAGCGAUUAUCAUCAGUGUCUGAAACUGCUCCGCUGAUUACAUCUACUAAGCUAUCGAGCCAGAAAGUCUUGCAAGAGAAAGGAACUGUUGUGCAGAAUCCAGCACCGGAAAAGCCAGAUGCUGGCCAUCUCCCUCCGGCCUUUGAUGUCAUCCAUGUAAUACGGCAUAGCAGUUACCGGGUUGGAAAUGAGCAGCCAGUUAAGGAAUCUGUUGAGAAAGGAGUUCAAAAUUUAGAUGUUGGUAAGUUCAUCAAUGUUGUGAGGGAUGAUGUAGAAGCAAGAAAUUCAAGCCCUCCUUUGACAUUGAAAUCUUCUAGUUCCUCUGAACCUCCGAGCACGAAACCAAAUACUUCUGAUCAGUUCGAAACAAGAGACAAUGGCACUCUGCCAACCGUUAAAUCUCCAAGUUUAUAUGAUGCUUCAUGCAUGAAAUCAAGUGUGUCUGAUCAUCCUGGUCUUAAGGAACAAGACGAAAGCAACCCGGUUUCAUUAGUUUCAGAAUCUAAUUCCACCGAGUUAAGUAAACACGAUACUCCUACAACCGAAGACAAACCUCCGGCGAAGGAAAUACUGGAUGUGAAAUCUUUCAGGCAGAGAGCCGAGGCACUCGAAGAGCUCCUAGAAUUGUCUGCGGAGUUGCUGCAGCAAAAUAGAUUGGAGGAACUUCAAGUUGUUCUGAAGCCCUUCGGGAAAGACAAGGUUUCGCCAAGGGAGACAGCGAUUUGGUUAGCGAGAAGUCUUAAAGGAAUGAUGUCCGAGGAAUGCGGAGGACGCGGUUCAUGAGGUAUCUUCGUUCACACGUAACAAGUUUGCUCAUAAUUGAUGUUUUACAAUUUGCUUUUAAUAGUUCAUAUCUAUUCAAGCUCCUCUUGAAUUUUUAAGAGUACAAAAACAAUCAUUGUAAUUCUUUCAAUGCUUUUAUGCUGUUGUAAAUAGUGACCAUACAAAAUUAAUAACAUCAACUUCCGGUCAAUUGUAUGGACAUUGUGUGCUUCCAGCACAUUUGUUAAAGAUAAAAUGUACACAUUAUGGACUCAAGUCUCUGUUGGUUUCAAGAACAGAAUAAGGCAAGACACAAAAGAUAGAGACACAAAAAUUAAUUUUGUUUUUGUAUUUUGUUUGGUGGUAAACUAUAUAAGAAAAAGAAUAAAUUAUAAAAGUUUAA